GUCAACUGCGCUAUCUCGCGACCAACUUACAUUCUCCUCUCCUCGUCAGGGCAACCCUCGUCGCUGCUGACGUUCGAUUUGGGAUAGACGCUAUCCCCGAUCAUAUUCUUAUUGUUUGUAUUUACGACUAGAAUCGACCCGAAGAGCGAUAAAGACUCGGCAAGUAGCGUUCGUGUUCAUCCUCUUCUCCUCGUGAGUCCAGUUCGGCCGAGUGUGCUGUGCGCUCUCCUGUCGCUGCCUUCCUGUCCUCAUAUUCCUCAUCAUCAUCAUCGUCAUCAUCUCAACUAUUACCAUACACCAUCGCCAUCGCACAUCAUCCGCGUACAAGUGUUGAAUGUGUGACUCUAGGCGUUACACGGCAUGAUAGUUCGUCUAUCGUGCCAAAAACUGUGAAGUCCGCAACCGUGCAGCCAUUUCUUCCAUCUGUUCCUCACCAUCAACCAUCCGAACGAGGACAAAAUCGCCUCGUCAUUUAUCUAAGCAGCGCCAUGCCAGAAGUUGUACAAAAUGGUAAGGUGCCACCGGCACCGCCACCUCCACCGCCACCGGAGAAACCAAGACGAGCCGAUGGUCGACGGCGUGCUAUGAAAAAGGUCGACGAGUUACAUCCAGCCGUCGAACCAACUACUGGAAUCGGUACGAACUGGCUAUCCGGUGAAGAGCGAUCUCGGCUAGAGGCCGUUCAGCGCGAUUGGCGCCUCAGUCGCCCGUACAACGCGAACGCGACAAAUCGACCAUGGAUUCGAGCUCGUCAUCGAGAACAACAGCAGCAACAAACGCCAGAUAAUAAAGCGACUCCAGCCGCGAAGGAUGCCGAUGAUACGCUUGUUGCUGCCCCUAAUAAUGCAUUAGUUCCCGUAACUGCACAGACGAGUAUUUUCGAUCGAACGAGAAAUGCAGCUAAGGCAGUCGCGUCGCCGAAUGCUGCCGCCAUCGCGGCAGCCGCAACCGAGCAGUUGGCUUCAGAAGCUAAAGCGGCGGCCGAAGCUGCAGCCACGGAAGAAAGGGAGAAAGAGCGUAAAGAUGAGGAAGUGCGUGCAAAGGAACAAUUUGAAGUUGAUGAUGACUUUGAUGCGCAAGAAAAGCCCAUAGACAAGAGUCCAAACGGCCGUUUUCUGAAAUUCGACGAAGAACUUGGUCGAGGAUCAUUCAAAACGGUUUAUCGUGGGUUAGACACCGAAACUGGAGUGGCGGUGGCCUGGUGUGAACUGCAAGAAAGCAAGCUAAAUAAGGCUGAGAGACAGAGGUUUCGAGAAGAAGCGGAGAUGUUGAAGGAUCUACAGCACCCAAAUAUUGUGAGAUUCUAUGACUACUGGGAAAGAACUGAUCCAUCUGGAAAGAGAAAGUACAUCGUAUUAGUUACGGAAUUGAUGACAUCGGGUACUCUCAAAAUGUAUCUAAAACGGUUCAAGCGAAUUAAUAUCAAGGUUUUGAAAUCAUGGUGUAGACAAAUCUUGAAGGGCCUUUCUUUUUUGCAUUCCCGAAAUCCACCGGUAAUUCAUCGUGAUCUGAAGUGCGAUAAUAUUUUCAUCACGGGAACGACGGGCAGUGUAAAAAUCGGUGAUCUUGGUCUAGCAACGUUGAAGAACAAAUCGUAUGCGAAGAGCGUAAUCGGAACACCGGAGUUUAUGGCCCCAGAAAUGUAUGAAGAGAUGUACGAUGAAUCAGUUGAUGUGUAUGCGUUUGGAAUGUGCCUCCUUGAAAUGGUUACUGGUGAAUAUCCAUAUACGGAGUGCCAGUUUCCAGCGCAGAUCUAUCGUAAAGUUACUACGGGUGUGAAGCCGGAGUGCUUCAACAGAAUUCCUCAGCAGUAUCCUGAGAUACGUGAAAUCAUCGACCGUUGUAUACGGGUUCGUCGUGAAGAGCGGAGUACUGUCAAACAGUUACUAGCUGACGACUUCUUUACUCCAGAGGAGCUCAUUGGUAUUCGUGUAGAGAUCAAAAACAGAGAUUUAGAUCUAGCUGAGCUGAAUGCUGAGAUCCAGAUGCAGUUGACGGUGUAUGAUGAGAAAAAACGGAAGCAGUAUCGUUUCAAAGAAAAUGAAGGCCUUCAGUUCGCCUUUGACAUCGAGAACGAUACGGCCGAAGAUGUAGUGGCACAGAUGAUAGAGCAACAACAUAUUCCUGAUGUAGACACAAGGAUGAUCACAAAACUAAUCAAGGACAAGGUGGAAAGCUUCAAGCGAGACAGAGAAUUCAGAAUAGCAGAAUUGAAAAGGCAGAAAGAAGAGGAAGAGCGCCAGCGUGAAGAACAAGCGAUUAAGGAAGAAAUGAAAUUAAGAGCCAAGGAGAAGGAGAACGCGGCACGCUUAGAAGCCGAGCAGAAGGAAGCUGCUGCGGCUGCCGCAGUUGCUGCAGCUAGCGCGGCCGCCACGGCUGCUGCCGCCGCUGCUGUUGAAGCGCUCUCUGCUCCAGUUCCACCAUCGUCAGCAGUAUCACCGCCGACAGCCGCAUCUGCACAGACGACGUCAUCCUCGGUGCAGUCGGCGGCAACAACGGCGCCGAUGACUGCUACCGACAAAGCUAAACAAAGCGCGGCUACUCCGGUGCCUACGUCUGAAGACAUGCCUGACGGGCAGGUUGCUACACAUGAAGAGAAAAAGAAAGCCAAGCGAAAGAUUGCUCUGGAAGUGUUGAAGGUUGACAAUGCUAAAGAUCAACUAGCGCUCGUCUCGUGUAGACUUGAUACUGCACACAAAACGGUAACGUUCCAGUUUGCGCCAGAUUCAGAUAAACCUUCAGUGAUUGCCGAAAAACUUCUGGCCGAAAACUGUCUUGCCCCACAUCAUGUUGCCAUAGUGGAAGACCAACUAGAGCAGAUAAUCGAUCUUGUUAACAAAGGAAAUCCUCGUGUGGUUGGUACAAAGCUCACAACUGUAGUAGAAACUCAGACAACUACCACCACAAGUAACCUUUCUUCAGGACCACCUACGGCAAGGGCUGCUGCUUCUCCUGCACCACCUGCAGCUGCUCAGUUAGUUGCUCAGGGAGUUGCUCCGAAUGCUGUAGCUCCUGCACAGCCGGUCGCGGCUGUUCAGUCGCAAACGCCUCAGGUGCCAAUUGCAAAUGCAGCUCCUGUAGAAGCGCCUAUGUCAGCUUCGUCACCUCCAUCAGCAAGAGGUGAACAAAAGCCAUCCUUGCAAUCGCUGGCGGGACAAAGUCGCAGUGUCGACGGAGAAAGCUCUACCACCACAACACCCGUACCGACGACAGGCGUACCACAGUCAGCUUCGCUCCAUGUUAUGAGUACUGUAACCACACCCACUGUCGCGGCUACGGUAGCGGCUGGCACUACAACAACAGCAACGACCAAGAAGUCGCGUUUCCAAGUUACUCCGUCCGCUGUCGCAUCUAUCCCACCUGCAGUUUCUAAUGUUCCCCCAGUAGAGACGAAAACACAUCCACCAGUGGCUGAAAAUCAUGCUCAACAGCUCAGUCCACCAGCUCCAGCUGUGUCCACUGGCUCAUCACCAAGCACGACGGCUCACUCAAAUACAUCGUCAGUAUUGAGCAAUGCUAGCACUGGAAGUAGAUUCAAGGUGCAAAGUGUUCCAAUGCAAGUCAUCUUAGCGCCCACACAGUCUGCUGAAUCCGGAUUUUCAUCUUCCACUUCGACGCAUACAGAAGCUAGCAUAACAAGCAUAGGAUCUGCGGCUACUCCACUAGCAGUGCAUCCGCCUAUCACAGCAAAUGUCGCGGCUUCAAUGACAAUGGCGGUACCACUAGCUUCACCCGCCACAAUCUCGCUACCAACAGCUCCCGUGGUUUCGUCUGCAAGCGUGAUACAGAUACCACCCGAACCGACACCCGCAUCUGCCAUACCAACUAAUGCGGUAACGUCGGUUGUGACUGUGGGAUCGGUAGUUCCCACCCAUCCACCACUUGUCGCUAACUCACACCUUGAUCUUUCGGCACUGCAGAAGUUGGAUUCAGAGCUUAGAAAAGUGAGUGGCGUAUCGACUGUCAGCGGUGUAUCAACUGUUUCCGCAGGAGCCACAGCAGCUCAUGCUCCAAUCCCUGAAGCUAUGACACAAUCUGCAAUCACCACAUUACACUCUGGUGCUCAGGUCCAUAAUGCACACGUUGCACUUCAUCCUACCACUAGUCUUCCGCACACUCCAGCUCACACGGGCGAACUUUCCACAAAUCUUGCAGGCCUGAGCGAGAAGCUUGCCGUUCUUAGCCAAAUUCAGCAGCAGCGAGAACAGCAGCAAGUGCAGCCACCAGCGCCACCGCAAGCGCAGCAGCCUCCCCCUCCUGCACUGCCGCCUCCAAAGGAAGAAGAAGAGCAUUUAUCUAAUCAGACUACAACCAGUGGAACGGAAGAUAUUCAUGUUGACACUCUCAAUGGCCUAGCACAAGCACUCCAGAAGGUGAUCAAUCCUGAACAAAAAGAAUCAACACCGUUAUCUGGCAGCGAAAUGCACGGUCGCAUAUCACCCCAUCAGUUUGCUAACUCAACACAAGAGCUCUAUCAUCUGCCCACUGCGUCCUCCCUACCGUCCGCUUCCGUGACCGCCACAUCCGAAGAUGAGUCCUCUUCACCGGAGAGGACAGCGACAGGCCUCGCGUCGAUCAUCCCAGGUGGUGCAGCCUCACUGGAUGCUAUCGGUGUCACAACUACCCAAAUGUUGUCUUCGAACACUGCACCAGACCUGUCUCAACGUCUUCGCGGCAUAGAUAGUCUGGCAACGUUCGAAAAUCUGGAAAGCGCAUUGUCGUGCACGCUUGGUACGGCCAGUAUGCGACCAAGCGUGAUUCGCGACGACGCGUCGACACAACGGGACGACUUGUCAAGUGUGUGCGGUAGUAGCGCAUUGUUUCAUGUCGGUACUCCACCGCUGUUCAGUCCGUUGCCAACAUCAGAUUCGGAAUUUGAUCAGGCGGAGGAUGACGACGAUGACGAUCCCGAGGUUUUGGAAUUGAUUAAAAAACAUCGGAUGCAACUGCUCCAACUUCGCGAACAACAAAGACUUGAGCUUGAGGAACUGCGUGCAAAGCAACGUCAGCUUCGUUUGGUGCGAGCUUCUACGGCAGCACCACCAGAGCCCAGUGGCGAUCAUCAUAAUAACCUUAGCCAUCAGGGCACACAUCACCAUCAUCAUCAUCACCGAAAUCCACCGUCAGCGUUAUCAUUGCCAGCGAGUCCACCACCUGUACAUAUGAACAACAACGAGAGGCCAUCGCCACGGCGAACUGAUUCUGCAUCGUUAGCAGCUCAACUGCUGGCCAUCCACGGUUCCUCAGCUUCAUCGACGACAGCGUCUGGCUCAUCAACGACCACUGGCCCCGGAUCUUCUCAGGCUAAUUUGGUCCCUCUCGAAAACAAUGUUCAAAUGAAUCGUUCUCGAGAUAACUUCUCAGCUCCCCCUCCGCAUUAGCAUUAACAUUCUUUAUAGUCAUCAUUAGUAUCAUUUUCAAGCCGAGGAGAUUUCUUUUUUCCACGCAAUUCACCCUAUAGUAUGUAUACACACACCCGGUGCCAAUAGGAUGUGUUCAAUCGCCAGACGGGUAUGCAUUUUCUCCGAACUUCUUCCGUCCCAUCUCGUGUCGUCUUCCUCGCGCUUUCGCCGUAUACAUGUUGUUUUGAGCUCAGCUUUCUCUAUACCCCGUGUAUUUUGCAGUCAUCUCUUAGUCUAUUUUCUUUUUCACAUCAUCACUCAAAGUCACGUACUCCUGCUAAGAAAAAACUGGCUUAGGUACGCGUGUCGUUUUCAGUUGUGAUUCCUGCAUGUGAAAUGUGUGUGUAUGUGUUGUUCUUCUAGCCAUUAUAUCCAAUUCACACAUCUGUCGUACAUUAUUUUUAUACUUGAGGUUCGAAUUACGGUAGUUUCGGGUCUUCACGCGUCUUUAAUUCACCGCAGCAGAUUAUGCUAUGAGAGUUCUAUCCCCGUAUAUAUCUGUCUCAUUCUUCCCUUUCAUCUUGUCAUUCAAUUUUUUCAAUCCACCAAGUCAUUUCGUGUUUUCUCUCCUAUCACACAUCACUUUUUUUUCUUAGAACGAUAGAAUUUUUUCCUAGAACUCAAACGUGUUUCUUCUUUCGCUUUUUUUUGUAUGUAUUCUCUGUUUUAGCUGCUCUUGCUUUAUAUGCCGGUCUUUUUUUUCAAAUUUCUUUAGAAGUAUGUCUAGGUUAGAAUGCUCAUUGCUUGCCCUUAUCACUUGUACAUCUGACCCGCAGCAGCGUUUUUUCAAAGAACAGCGAAGAGCACGCUGCUUUUGUCCCCCACUUUGGCAUAUCAUACGUGAUCGUUUCCCGCUUGAUAUCCUAUUGUGAAAACUGGUCUUGUAACAUUCAUCGUGUGCUGUGCAGAAUAACGAUCCCACAUACAAAAAAUAUCGGUAUCGUAAUUGGUAAAAAAUGCAAAAUUGUGAUUAUAUGGCGCGGUGUUUCUAGAGUCGCAAAGCGUGCCUAGCAUUAACUUGUAAAUCACCACUGAAAAUCAUCCGUCUCCCCAUGUAUCGUACACCUGGCGAAACGCCAACUUCCCCUUUCCCCCAUAUUCCCAAACGGAUUCGUGUCCGUACAAUCUGCUCUAGUUCGUUUUUACUCGCCUAUUUAUAUGUUAUUGUGAUGAUAGCCUUGCAAUCAACGAUUGUAACAUCGCCUUCUGUGCAUUAAUAAAUAUCAGAUAUU